UUUUCCUCUCGACAGGUUUUGAUAAAUGUCCCCCAGAAUUUUCUGCAGCCUGUGACUUCACCCUUAUAAUUAUCUGUUUUUAGAUCUAAAGAACAUUUUGGAAUAUCUAAAAUACAACCGUUACAUUUUGGGGAAUGCAAGGAUCUGCUACUCCUCACUACAUGCCCCUGGCAUAAGUGCCCUGGUUCCACUUUGGUUUGUGUGACCUUCCCUGGCGCCAGGAGAGUGUCUCCCUCAUGGGAAAAGAUGACAGACAAAUAGUAUAACCAGGCUUCAGCUGCUCCAUCCGGUUCUUCAGGCAGCUUCUUUGUGUUAUGACAGCAAACAGUGGCGGUAUAAAAAGUGCAUUACUGGCGGGGCAGGUUUACUGUCUGUACAGGACAUCAGCAGGACACAAUGGCCAGCCAGUCCCAGGGAAUCCAGCAACUCCUGCAGGCCGAGAAAAGAGCCAAGGACAAACUGGAAGAGGCCAAAAAGCGAAAAAAUAAGCGAUUAAGACAAGCCAAGGAGGAGGCGACGGCAGAAGUCGAUCAGUACAAACUUAAAAGGGAGAGUGACUUCCGACGUAUACAGACGACUAUAAUGGGAUCCCAAGGAAACCUGGCAACCAAGAUCGAUGAGCAGACGGUCCAGAAGAUGCAAGCGUACAACGCCAACUACCAGAAAUCCAAGGAGAACGUUCUGCAGGAACUCUUGAACUUCAUAUAUGAUGUCAAUCCGGAGCUGCAUGUGAAUUAUAAAUACAAGAUAUAAAGGGGACCGGCUAAUGGGGAAUCCAACUACUCGUCAGUCACCGGAAACAAGAGUGUUAUUCCACACCAGUGUUUCCCAACCAGUGUGCCUCCAGCUGUUGCACAACUACAACUCCCAGCAUGUCCACACAGCCAAAGGCAGCCCUUGAUAUGUGCCAGAAUCCUGAUAUAUUUUCAUGAGUAAAUCUGCCCCAAUGUUUUGUAGCAUUUGGUGGAUUACAGGUGCCAACAAGCUAAAAGCAAUUUCCCAAUAAAUCCGUUUUAAUA